AUGGCUGCUCACAUGUCCAGAUUAAGAGGCUGGAGCCGAGCGCAGAGGUUUGGCGUCGCAGUAUGUCGUCAGUACAGCAGCGGCGGCCCGUACCCCAAUGUGUCCCUGUCCACACCGCUCACCGGGAUCCCCAAACCGGUCUUUGCCUCCGUGGACGGACACGAGAAAUACGAGACUAAAAUCACCACCUUAGAAAACGGACUCAGAGUUGCAUCUCAGAACAAAUUUGGUCAAUUCUGUACAGUUGGAAUUCUAGUAAACUCAGGCUCACGUCAUGAAGCAAAAUAUCCCAGCGGAAUUGCACACUUUUUGGAAAAGCUUUCAUUUUCUUCCACAGCCCAGUUUGAAAGUAAAGAUGAUAUUCUUCUAACACUUGAGAGGCAUGGAGGCAUAUGUGACUGCCAAACAUCCAGGGACACAACGAUGUAUGCAGUUUCAGCUGAAGUGAAUGGUCUGGAUACUGUCGUGAACCUCCUGUCAGAUGCGGUUCUACAGCCUCGUUUACUAGAUGAGGAGAUUGAGAUGACCAGAAUGGCUGUUCGGUUUGAGUUGGAGGAUCUGAACAUGAGACCCGACCCGGAGCCUUUACUAACAGAAAUGAUUCAUGCUGCCGCAUACAGGGGCAACACCGUGGGCCUACCUCGCUUCUGCCCUCCUGAAAAUGUCGAGAAGAUCGACAGGAAGCUGCUUCAUAAGUACCUUCAGAGCUAUUACUGUCCGCAGCGCAUGGUGCUGGCUGGGGUUGGGAUUGAACACGAGCAGCUUGUUCAGUGUGCCAGGAAGUAUCUCCUAAAUGUUAAACCAGUAUGGGGCGCGAGCACACCUGCCAACGUCGACAAGUCUGUAGCACAAUACACGGGUGGCAUUGUUAAGAUGGUGAAGGACAUGUCCGAUGUGAGUUUGGGUCCAACACCCAUCCCUGAACUAACACACAUCAUGAUUGGGCUGGAGAGCUGCUCCUUUUUGGAGGAUGACUUCAUCCCCUUUGCAGUCCUCAAUAUGAUGAUGGGAGGUGGAGGAUCCUUCUCUGCCGGAGGGCCUGGAAAAGGCAUGUUCACCCGUCUCUACCUAAAUGUGCUCAACAGACAUCACUGGAUGUACAAUGCUACUUCGUACCACCACAGCUAUGAAGACAGUGGUCUGCUGUGUAUCCAUGCAAGUGCAGACCCCAGACAGGUGCGAGAAAUGGUGGAGAUCAUUACAAGGGAGUUUAUUCAGAUGACUGGGACAGCAGGAGAAAUGGAGCUAGAGAGAGCCAAGACACAACUGAAAUCCAUGCUCAUGAUGAACCUGGAGUCACGACCGGUCAUCUUUGAAGAUGUAGGUCGACAAGUACUUGCGACAGACAAGAGGAAGCUGCCCCAUGAGCUGUGUGAGCUCAUCAAUAACGUUACAGCCAGUGACAUCAAGAGAGUUACAAGGAAGAUGCUGCGUAGUAAGCCUGCGGUAGCAGCGCUGGGAGAUCUGACCGAGCUGCCCUCGUAUGAGGACAUUCAGGCCGCUCUCUCUAGCAAAGACGGACGUCUGCCUCGCAUGUAUCGCCUGUUCCGAUAGGGGACAGACAGCUGGCACCAUCUAGAGGCAAAAAAUGAGGACACCCCUAACAAAUAUUCUCUUGAUGGAAUUUAAGUGCAAUGCUUCGAAGGACUGUGGUUGCAUUUCCUCUAUAAAGUGUUUAAAACAUGACUUUAGUUCACUCAAACAUUGUCAUCAUUUACUCAGCCUCAUGUCAUUCCAGAACUGUAGGACUUCCUACUGUGGAAUAACAGAAGAUAUUUUAAACGAAUAGUUUUUUGUCUGUACAAAGUAACUCAGAGGGCUCUAACGGGCUCGGUUCUUCCAAAUAUCUUUUUUUUUUCUGUUGCAUAGAAGAAAGAAAGGUUUGUAAUGACACGAGGCUGGUGCGUAAAUGAGAAUUUUCAUAUUUGGGUGGCAAAUUCUUUUACAUUUUAACAGCUUGGUGAUGACUAAGUUUAGUUUUACACACCAGUGCAUUAUUUCACAUUUCUAUCUUAAUUGGCUCAACUUUUAGUGCACUUUUCCAUGUCAUUUGUUCCCAUUUCUACAUUGUUGUUCAUAGGCUGUGCUUUUCUGUGUAAAACUGGGCAAACCUAAAUGGUAUUCUGCACCAUAUUUUCCCCACAAAUGUCUGAAAUGAUCCCUUGAUAUAAAAAAAACAACAACCUUGAUCUAAUAUCUGAACAAAAUGACACUGACUGUCUUAUCUACCACUCAGCCUAGCAGCAAAUACCUAGUGUAUAUAAAGAUAAACUCCUUUUCUCUUGCUGAAUCACUGUCAACAUGAACACUUUCUUUUUCCAAAUGUCUGUUUGGCCGUUUGUGUUGGAUUAUGCUACAAUAAUAUAUUUAUUCCCUUGUACUUCAUCAGUACAAGUGUACUGUUAUAUAUUUCCAUUACUCUUAAGAUAUUUCCACUGCCUAAUAAGAUGAUGACAAUGCUUGAACAUUCAUGAGCAAAAACCUUUGUGUUCCCUUAAAAGAAUGAAAAGUUUGAGCCUUUGUAUUAUUUGUUUUCAUGUACGAUUUGAAUAUAGAGAAACCGUU